AUGACUAGUCGAAUUAAAUUACCAUUUAAAUUGGGCGAUUCAAAGAAGAUAAAUGAAUUUGAAGUUAAUGAAACAUCAAGAAAAGAAGAUUUUUCGUUGAGCGAAAUUGUACGUUAUGGUUUUCCUUAUCGACCAACAACCCUUGCAUAUGAUUCUGUACAAAAAAUUCUUGCUAUUGGAACAAAACAUGGUAUUAUCAAAAUUUAUGGUGGUGCAUUCGUUGAAUGCUCAUUAUCACAUCCAACAGAAGUUGAAAUAGUUCAACUGGUAUUCCGAAUAAAUGAGGGUGCUUUGAUAAGUGCAUGCCGAGAUAAUUUUAUUCAUUUGUGGAAUUUACGUCAAAAGAAACCAGCUAUUGCUCAGUCACUUCGAUUUGUUAAAGAACGAAUUAGCCGAUGUCUUCUUCCGCUUGCUUUUAAUUCCAAGUGGCUUCUAGUUGGUACACAUUUUGGAAAUGUUUAUGUCAUCAACCUUGAUACAUUUACACUUUCAUCAUAUAAAAUUAUGUGGAAUAAUGCCAUCGGCAUGGGAAAAAGUACACACCCAGGUGUGGUUAUUGAUUUAUGUCAAAAUCCUGAUGAUUCAACACGACUCUAUAUUGGCUUUAGUACACAUAUAUCAUCACCCAAUAAUGUUCCUGUUGGACAUGUUGUGUGUUGGAAUUUACAACAGAAGACAUCUGAAACUGUUUAUACAUUACAAGAAGGUUUAACAUCUAUUUCGUGGCAUUAUGAUGGUAGACAAUUUAUGUGUUCACAUUGUGAUGGUUCAUUAUCUGUUUGGAAUUUACGUACAACUGAUAAACCUGUUAGCAUUAAUUAUCCCCAUACUCGCAUUUCAAAAGAUGAACUACGUAAAUUUGGUUCAAUUUCAAAAGUUGUUUGGAGUUCUGUUAAAAAUACAAAUGAUACAUUUAUAAUUUUUUCUGGUGGAAUGCCGAAUCAAGCUGAUCCACAACAAAUAUCAGCGAUUAAUACAAAUAUACCGCCAUCGAAACCAUCGCCGUUUUUUCUAACUAUUCUUCGUGGUCAAACGACAAAUGUACUUCAUAUGGACAAUGCUAUUGUUGAUUUUCAUGUUAUAACAGCAUCACCACACAUUGCUGAUGCACCUGAUCCAUUAGCAAUUGCGGUUUUACUUGAAAAUGAUCUUGUGAUGAUUGAUUUGAAAAGUGAAAACUAUCCUCUUUUCGAAAGUCUUCAUACGUUAGAUCUGCAUGAAUCUCCAGUGACCUAUUGUGAUUAUAUAACAGAGCCUAAUUCAACAUUUUAUCAAAGUCUACUUCGAUUGCAAACAAAACAAGUACCAAAGCGUACCUAUAGUCAACAGGAAAAUCCGAUAUCAGGUGGUAAAUCCGGUUCGACUAUAUUUGGCUACAACGAACUUAUUAUUACUGGUCAUGCUGAUGGUUCAAUUAAAUUUUGGGAUGCAUCUGGUUGUAAUCUUUUAUUUUUUUAUAAAUUACGUACGAAUCGUUUAUUUGAUCGUACACAAGCAGCAAACUUGUCAUCAUCAUCGUCGUCAGCAACAACAACAACGGCAUCGUCGGUAUCAAAUAAAAAAGAAUCUAAUACAAAUUAUAAGUUAGAGUCAAGACCAGCUCGUGCAAAUAGCAACGCAGGUGAUGAAAUAAAUCAAUCUCAAAUAAAUUCAACGAAUCUAUCAAAUGAAUUAAAUGUUUAUGAAUUUCCAUUUGCAAUAUAUUCAAUAAAAAUGUGUUGCGACGGAAAAUAUUUAAUAGCUGCUGCACGUGGCGGUCAUGUCACAUUAUUUAAGUUUACUGGUUCUGAAUUAGACAAAGCCGACGAAGGUUUAGGAGAUUUUUCAUUGCUAGAAAUUCCAAUUUUUCAUCAAAAUAUAUCUAACGAUCACAAUGAAGCAAAUACAGGUGGAAAUCUAUCGACAAUUAGUGAUUUUCAAUCAUCAGUUGCAAGACCAACUGCAAAGGAUUUUAAAAGCUUACUUCGAGCAAAAAAAGGUUAUCGUCGUAUGGCUGGUUAUCAACCUGAACUUGUUUGUCUUUUAUCAUGGUUACCCAGCGAUAAAAUACCUGUUUUAACUGAUACUUCGAUUAAUUCCAAAUAUGGAUUAUUAAUAUUUGGCUUAGACAAUGGACUUGUUGUGAUCGAUUAUUUAAGUACAUCUAUUUUAAUGAAUAUGGCAACUGCUGAUCUUUAUGGUACAAUGGAUCCAUUUCAACGAACAUCCAUAUCUCCAAAACGUCGUGUUGCUGGAAAUGAUUUCAAUAAUGACGAUCAAACAUCUGGAGAUUAUCAACAUCAACCAUUGAGUCCCACUCCUUGUACAGUUGAAUCAGGAUUAUCAUUCAAUCCAUUUGCAUGUGGUUACGCUGGGCAUAGUGCAAAUAAACCUCGUUCGAAACAAUCGAUUCCAUGCAUGUCUCCAUAUUCCACAAAUGAUGUUUCAUCGACACCAUUUUUUCAUUCACGAUCAAUUGAUUCUCUCCCGGGUAAUGAUCAAACGCUAGGAUCACCACCAACAGUAGGAGACGGUGGUUUCCAUGAUGAAAAAUCACACAACACAGGAACAUUAUCAAAAACAUUUCGUACUUUUCGAAGUCGUUGGUCACGUCCAUCAACUUUUGAUAAACAUGACAGUUCACUUGCGUGUAUAAAUUCAGAUCACAGUGAAAAAGAGAACGCUGCCAAAAGUGGCGGGGAUGAUAAUGGAGGAAGUAGUGGCGGCGAAGAAAUUAAUCAAUCACCGGUCAGAGGCAAGCGAGCAACGAGUCCAGAUAUAACACGACGUUCUCAUAAACCUCUUGGAACAACAGUGUCAUUGAAUGCAAAUCGUUCGUUUCCAUCAGAUAAACGAUCAAGAAUAGUUACAACACCACCACCAUUGAAAUCAACAGAGUCAAACGAUAAAAAUGAUGAUAGUGGAAGUGGUAGUGAGACAACAAAUCUAUCUAAAACUUGGACAUCAUCUGCAUAUAAUCAUGCAAAAUUACGCGGUACAUGUUCCCUUGAAUAUACUGAACAUAUGCGAGAAAAAUCUCAUAAACGAAAAGCGCAUAUGGUUGAUUUACGUAAAGAUGAUGCUCAUCAACAACAACAAUCAACUAUGAUGACAUCUACAAAUAAAAGUACGACUUGUGAUCUUCCGCGUUCUUCAAGUAAUUCAAGUAUCGACAAUAUUGUUUCAAAUGAAAGCGUAUGCGCUAUACAAUUUUCCGAAUCAUUUACUUACAAAAAUGACUUUACGAUUUCACCAAGCGUAUGGCUAGGCACAAGUACAGGUUGUGUACUUGUUAUUAAUUUAAAUAUAAUUUAUGAACCUCGAAAUAUCAGUGUUGUACCUAGUGGAAGUGUAUUUCGUAUGUGCGGUCGUUUAUUACAUAUUUCAUUUCUUGAUCAUAAAGGAGUUCUAAUACCGUCACCGAGUGAAAAAUGGGAUGCGAGAAAACCAAAAGCAAAUCGAUCCAAUGAUGGUACACAAGACUUAAAUGCAUCCUCGAUAUUAUCCGGUAGUAAUGUAAUGUCUUCCUCAGUAGCAAAUACUCAGUCAACUAAUAUACAAUAUGCUGUUUUCUGCACGUCAAAACAAGCUCGAGUCGUUUCAUUACCAUCACAAGCUUGUAUUUCAAAACAAAAAAUUUAUGAUUCACUUGGUGCAUCAGCAUCCAAUGUAUUUCGAGCAGCUGUUGUUAAAAUAGCAGGUUCUUUGUGUUUAACAUGUUAUUUAUCGGGCGGUCGUAUACAUGUGUAUAGUUUACCUAGUUUACGUGAAUUAUUUGUCACAAAUCUUGAUAUAGCUGCUGACACAUUCAGAUCGUUGAUUGCAUCGACAUGUAUAUUUACUGAUCGUGGUCAUGGACUCUUUAUGUGUUCGCCAACAGAAAUUCAAAAACUUAGUAUUGCUUCAGAUGUUAAAGAACAAAUCAGUGAAAUGCUAUGUGAAUUGUAUGAUCCAUCAAUAGCAAUGCCUGAAGCACCAAAGCAAAAUUUCUUUGCUAAAAUUUUUGCUUCAAAUACAUCCUUAGAUUCAGAUCAAUUAUUCGGCGAAGCUGCUGGAAAAGCACCCUAUGGUGUUGCUAAAAAAGAAGAUGUCAACGCUAAUAUGAAUCGAAUGCGUGGUACUGUUGAUUCAGCCUGUGGUGCUGUUAAUGAUACAAGAAAUAAAUUAAUUGAACGAGGUCAAAAAUUAGGCGAAGUUGAAAUAGCAUCAAAACAAAUGAGUGAUCGUGCUGAAGAAUUAGCUAGUCUAACACAUAAAGUUCUGUUAAAACAAAAAGAAAAAGCUGAAUGGUGGUCAUUUUCAUCGAAGAAAUCGUAA